ACGUGUGUAAUCUCGCGUCGGCGAAGCGCGUAGCAUUCCUUUUCCUCCUCCCCUUUGCGGCUUCUCGCAGCGCUGCGAAUCCCAAUCCGCACCGAUCCGACGCGAAUCGAUCGAGAGGCAGGGGGCAGCACUAAUCGAAUCGAGACUAGCGCCAUGAACCCGAGAGGCCAUCGUAGCAACAGAACUUCUCUCUUCGAUGGCAUUGAGGAGGGUGGAAUCCGAGCAACAUCCUAUUCUUCUCAUGAGAUAGAUGAGCAAGAAAAUGAUGGAGCUAUUGAUGGACUGCAGGAUCGUGUCAGCAUUCUCAAGCGGUUGUCAGGCGAUAUCCAUGAAGAGGUGGAGACUCAUAACAGAAUGCUGGACCGAAUGGGGAACGAUAUGGAUACUUCAAGGGGUUUUCUGUCUGGGACCGUGGACAAAUUCAAGAUGGUAUUUGAGACCAAAUCAAGCCGGAGGAUGGGAACCCUCGUCGCAUCAUUCGUCGCCCUUUUUCUGCUGGUUUACUACUUGACCAGGUAGAAGACAUGACAUGCUGGAAAUGGUCAUCUCAUCAUCUGCGUGCCGUGCCGUAUAGAUAGAUACCUUGAAAACCCACCGUCCUGAGUGCCAAAGUAUAUGUUGAUGUGGGUGUUUCGUCAACUCUGCACUGUACAACACGACUACAGCGUGCGUGCUGGGUCGAUCCUAUGUUCUCUUGUUGCGGGAUUCAAGUUUGUUGUCCGUUCCUUCCCUUUGGCAUGUCAUGUGUAUGGUAUUUAGUAGCAUAACAACAACAAAAAAACUGUAUAAAGAAGCUUUGAUUGAGCACUA